AUGCAUGGUGGAUUCUUGUGCUUCUACGACGGGGUAUCAACGCAUCGUCUAUUCGUCGCUAGGAUGGUUGACGUCUUGCAAAAGAGGCUUAGGGAAGAUGGCAUGGACGGGGUUAAAGUGGUCGCGUUAAUUGUCAAUUAUACAUUGGCACCGAAGGCUGUGCUACCGACACAGCUGCAGGAGGUUGUUCAGGGCUACAAGUACAUACUCACGCAAGACAGAUACCCGGUUGAAGCUAGUCAUGUGGUUGUAUCGGGUGACUCUUCGGGAGGCACACUCUCCUUGAGCUUACUCAAAUGUCUGGUAUGCAACUAUUUCGCCGUCGAUUUGCCGCGCCCGGGUUGCUGUGUUGCGAUGUCGCCCGUGGUGGACAUGCGAGGAAGGCUUGGCCGGCGGUCGCUGGAUGUGAUUCCUCUUGGACAAAUCGCAAUAAAUCGUUGGGCCGAUUUCGUUUCUAAGGCGAUUGAGGGCGAGAAGAUGCCUGUCGGACAAGCCUUCGCCAUUUUCGAGGAUAGUGUGGAGCCUUUGCAUAAGCAGGAUGUGCACCAGGAAACAGCUGCUAUGGCCCAAGCAGCGUGA